UUAGACCGACAAAAAAAAGUACCAACAUGAUUUAGGCUCUUCUGUAGUCUGCUACGGAGGGGGAAUGGGUAAGCUAGUGCUGCCCGCUAUUUUGGAAGAGAAGAUUUUCUUCCGUGUGAACCAGUAAUACUGUACAGAAAUGCUAAAACAUCUGAUGGGGUAAAGAUAAAACAUUCGAAAAGAAAAGCAACAAUCUGGAUUCUAGAGGGCCGGAGAGAACGUAGGGAUGCUCGAGCGUUGUCACAGCGACACAACUUGCUAGGACAUUGUGCACGCGCCCCGCCGAGAGGCAGCGUGAGCGAGCUAAAGAAGCAAUCGCACAAGCGCAGCAUCUUUUCGGUGCAUGGCUAUAACGGGUCGGAGGGGAAUCACGGAAAACCACCGCUAUUACCCAGAGACGAAGCAGGCAAGCACCACCAUGAUUCAAAUCGUCCUCGCUAUUUAAACUGUCGUUUGAGCUAUCCUCUCCACCCGCAAAGGGCAAGCGGGGAUGUUUUUUGGGGGUUGAAAAUCAACCUGCUUGCAAAAUCACUGUUGCCAAUUUAUGUAGACGAGGAAUUAGACUAGAUAUAAUUUCGUUGUCAGCAAAUGAGUUAUAAAGAUAUAUAUAGAGACUCGUUAGAUGAAAAGCCAAAGCUGGAAGAAUGAUUCCAAAAUCAGUCUUACAUGCCUUCAUCUCGUGUAUAAUGCGCCUCACGCAGCAAUAGGCUUUAUUUGUUGGUAGCCUUUUCCUUUCCUCGUUGUCUCCCUGUCCCUCAUCAGAAUGUGGUAGUCCGGUCAAUCUACCGGGAUUGAGCGGGUGUUGUCGGUAAACAGAACCAGGGAAGCUUUCUAAAACCGUCUCCUUCUCCAAAGGACUAUGCUUCAAUAUUUCCCCAUCUAGAGGAACGGCGUGACAGCGAUCUAGAAAACCCCCCUUGGAAUCUUGCUACCCUUUAGACCACAUAACAGGGUCCGUUUGUGACGGCGACAGUUGACCAGGAACUGUGACGGCAGACAUCGACCGUGAUGAGGACCGUACAGGAGGAUGGAACGUAACAGAGUUCUGACCGUGGAACCGUUCUCGAGAGCGACCGUAGAACACCAACACUGACCACAACCACACCUUCUAAAGACCGCCCGGUCUCCCCCUAACCCCCAACCUCUCCUGCCCCCCUGUAUUACACCGCACCACCCGCGCCACUCCACUCCUCAUCCACCCAUCCUCCUGUACUCCCUCCCUCGCUCCAGACCUCCACCCUUUCUGAGGGUCCACUUUUUCUUUCAUAAACACUCUCAACUACCCCUUCUCUCGUAUUCUCUUUCUAUUCCCUUUCUCUCCAAUAUUCUGUAUCUUCAUGAACAUUGAGUCCUCUUUGGAACCCUAACAUAGACGGACGAAUAUCGUUGAGUUGGAGGUGGAGUCUAUAGCUAUCAGUCAUGUAUCUUUUCCCUCUAUCCCUGUGUAAGCCAAAUGGGCGGGGUCUCAGCGUUAGUCCCCGCCCCCGCUGCAACAUGGCCGACACCUGUCUAGUCUGGCUGUUGGGCCUGGCUCUCCGCCUCUCUCUGACCUCCUGCCAGAAGAUAGACCCUGCCAACAAGCUGCCCACGGUGACCACCAACUACGGCAAGCUGCGCGGGCUCAAAAAGGACCUGAACAACGAGAUCUUGGGGCCAGUGGAGCAGUACCUGGGCGUGCCCUACGCCACCGCGCCCAUCGGCGACCGCCGCUUUCAGCCACCCGAGGCUCCGGGCUCUUGGCAGGAGAUCCGCAACGCCACAGCAUUCGCCCCGGUAUGCCCGCAGAACGUGCAUGGCGUGCUGCCGGAGAUCAUGCUGCCGGUGUGGUUUACCGACAACCUGGAUGUGGCGGCCAGCUACAUCCAGAACCAGAGCGAGGACUGCCUCUACCUCAACGUCUACGUGCCCACCGAGGACGGUCCGCUCACAAAAAAACACCAUGAGUCUACAAUGAACAGACCGAGAGAUGAAGACAUCCGUGACCGCAGGAAGAAGCCGGUGAUGCUGUUCAUUCACGGCGGCUCCUACAUGGAAGGAACCGGAAACAUGUUUGACGCCAGCGUCCUCGCCGCCUACGGCAACGUCAUCGUGGUCUCUAUGAACUAUCGUCUGGGCGUGCUCGGUUUCCUGAGUACAGGGGACCAGUCAGCCAAGGGGAACUACGGUCUGUUGGACCAGAUCCAGGCUCUGCGUUGGCUCAAUGAGAACAUCGGCCAUUUUGGGGGCGACCCCGAGCGCAUCACCAUCUUCGGCUCCGGCGCUGGGGCAUCCUGCGUCAACCUCCUCAUCCUCUCGCACCACUCCGAGGGUAAGGGGCACACUGGGUUGUUCCAGAGGGCCAUAGCCCAGAGUGGCUCAGCCAUCUCCAGCUGGUCGGUCAACUACCAGCCCCUCAAGUACACCAAGAUACUGGCCCGGAAGGUAGGCUGCAGCCACUCAGAGACGGCAGAGUUGGUGGACUGCCUGAGGAAGAAGAACUUCAGGGAGCUGGUGGAUCAGGACAUCCAGCCGGCCCGUUACCACAUCGCCUUCGGACCCGUAGUGGACGGAGACGUGGUGCCGGACGACCCUGAGAUACUCAUGCAGCAGGGGGAGUUCCUGAACUAUGACAUCCUGAUAGGAGUGAACCAGGGAGAGGGGCUGAAGUUUGUAGAUGACAGUGAAGACAAUGAUGGGAUCUCAGCUGCAGCGUUCGACUACACCAUCUCUAACUUUGUGGACAAUCUCUAUGGAUAUCCUGAGGGUAAGGACAUCCUGAGAGAGACCAUUAAGUUCAUGUACACUGACUGGGCCGACCGUGACAACGGAGACAUGAGGAGAAAAACCCUCCUCGCCCUGUUCACGGACCACCAGUGGGUGGCGCCAGCGGUGGCCACGGCCAAACUGCACGCCGAGUUCCAAUCUCCUGUUUACUUCUACACCUUCUACCACCACUGUCAGACGGAGACGCGGCCGGAGUGGGCGGACGCAGCCCACGGGGAUGAGAUCCCCUACGUGUUCGGGGUUCCCAUGAUCGGAGCCACCGACCUUUUCCCCUGCAACUUCUCUAAGAAUGAUGUCAUGCUCAGUGCUGUAGUCAUGACGUACUGGACAAACUUUGCUAAGACGGGGGACCCCAACCUGCCGGUGCCUCAGGACACCAAGUUCAUCCACACCAAGCCCAACCGCUUCGAGGAGGUCAUCUGGACCAAGUUCAACUCCAAGGACAAGCAGUACCUCCACAUCGGUCUGAAGCCCCGCGUCAGGGACAACUACCGAGCCAACAAGGUGGCUUUCUGGCUGGAGCUGGUCCCUCACCUACAUUCCCUCCAUGACGAAUUCCCCCCCACCACCAGGCUACCUCCAGGCAGCACCCGCCCCCCCGGGGUCCCCUGGAAGCCCAAACCCCGCACCACAGGCCACCCCUACCCCACAUUCCCUGACCCCGUGGAGCCCUACGGAUCAGAGCGGCCCAGACUGGACCUCUUCCCCGGUGACACACGGGAUUAUUCCACAGAGCUGUCGGUGACAGUGGCGGUGGGGGCGUCGCUACUCUUCCUCAACAUCCUGGCAUUCGCCGCGCUCUACUACAAGCGGGACAAGCGGCAGGAGAUGAGGCGCCACCGGCUCUCCCCGCAGCGCCACGGCGGGCCCGCCAACGACCUGGCGCACAGCCAGGAGGAAGAGAUCAUGUCCCUGCAGAUGAAGCACUCGGAGCAUGACCCGCACCACGACAUGGAGCCCCUCCGGCCCCACGACAUCCUGCGGCCCGCCUGCCCGCCCGACUACACUCUGGCCCUGCGGAGGGCCCCGGACGAUGUGCCCCUCAUGACCCCCAACACCAUCACUAUGAUCCCCAGCACCAUCACCGGCAUGCAGCCCCUCCACCCCUUCAAUACCUUCCCCAGCACCGGCCACAACAACACCCUGCCCCACCCCCACUCCACCACACGCGUAUAGUAAAGCUAGAGCUCCCCCUGGGGGACCGGUGGACCAACUACUACGCUCUCUGGCUCCCUUUGUAUGGAUAUCUCUCUCUCUCUCUUACUCUCUGUUUCUCCAACCGUCAGCCUGCUGCCCUGAUGCUGUGUACUUCCUACAGUGCCACCUGUUGAGGUUAAGUGGAAGUGCAGCUGAACUGCAGGGGCAGCAGAUGUUAAGGGGGGACAUUGAGACAUUUAGAAACUAUUUUGAUGGGGUCUCGUAUUCUCUGACUCUGACAGCCCCCAGACCUUGCCAGAGGACAAUCCUCUUACUGUGCUUUUCAUUUUGUUGUUUUUUCAUCCCCCUUUUUUAUCUGUUUCUGUGCUGUAAUAGGGCUGGAGAUAGAUUUUUGGGGUGUUGGGUAAAGUGACCUCUGAUAUAUUGGAAAACCUCUAUCUCUCUACUCAUGUCAUCUGCUUACUUGAUAUAGUGUUUUCCCUUUUCUACGUCCAUCUCUUUCCCUCUGUAGUUCUAAACCCCCCUCAAAUGAACCCCUCAGCCCACCCUUAGGAAUUGUUGGGAGUCUUUUUCAUACAAGGCGUACAGUACAUACAGUUAGCAUCUAUCAUGAAAAUAUUGAUAUUCUGAUAUCGUCUUUCUACCAGCAUUCUUGGUGCCAAGUACUGUGUUGUUUUCCCAUAGGAGGGAACUGAGAGAGAAUCAAGAGUGUGGAGCUGUAUCAAGAUAGCCUACUGACUGUGUUCAUGAAAAGUGCCAAUUUGGCCUAUCUUGUGUGCUUUUUUCUUUGAUUGUUUGAUUGUUGCUUUCAGUUCUUAUUUUUUUUGUGGAAAGAAUUUUAAGUAUAUAGAUAUAUAGUUAUAUAUAAAUGUGUACAAAGAAGAAGAUAUAUAAAUGGCUUUCUCAGUGGGGGACCUAUGCAUGAAUUAUUUUUUUAAAUGAUGAUGGGGGAAGGACACUGGAUAGUCAAUGUUUCCACACUUCUCCUGUUUUAAACCAUUUCUAUCGCUUUUUCUUCCUAUUUUAUUCUUCAAAAACAAAAAAUGGAGGCAAUUAAAAAAAACUGCACGGAUGCUUCUUUGAUUUGCACAAUUAUCCUUUACAACAAGAAGAACCUGACUGGAACAAACAUGAAUAAAAUAAUGAUCAUACACCUUGAAUAUACAACACAUUGCGUAUCAUCACCAUCUCCCAUGUUCAUUGCUUACUGUCUACUAUUGCACCAUAGACCACAUGCUACCCCAACCAAAUCAACUACCCCAGUAAAUCAAAACAACCUUUAUUCUUACAACACAUAUCAGUCACACAGAGACCCCUCUCUCCCUGCUCUGCUAUCAUCAGGCCAGGGCCCCUGAGGGCCCCUCUUAUGUAAUGUGAGAUAUUGGUGCCACUCUAGCAGCUCUGUCUUUGUCUCGUAAUAACCAGGCCAUCCACUGAGCCCUGGGCCCCUGUCUCUCUGUGAGUCAUUAUGGCAGGCAUGGAAGCCAUAAUCUGCCACUGAAAUGGCAUCCUAUUCCCUAGUGCACUACUUCUGGCCAGUCAGGCAAAAAGUAGUGCCUUAUAGGCAUUAGUGUGUUGUUUUGGACACAUUUCUAGAGGUAUUGGUGUCCAUUAUGCUCUGGUCAAAAGAAGUGUACUAUGUAGGGGAUAGGGUGCUGCAGGUAGAGAUAUUGAAGAGAUACAGUACUCAAGUCUUGGAGGCUCAUAGAAUGUUACUUUCCUAAUUCUGUUAGUAGGAAGGAAAGAAAAAGACGGGCAGUUCUCACUCUCCCUCCUUCUUUCACACAUUCUGUCCUAUUCUGUCCUAUACCUCUAUUUCCAGCACAUGCAUAUUCUGUUUGAUGUGUGUGUGUGUGUGUGUGUGUGUGUGUGUGUGUGUGUGUGUGUGUGUGUGUGUGUGUGUGUGUGUGUGUGUGUGUGUGUGUGUGUGUGUGUGUGUGUGUGUGUGUGUGUGUGUGUGUACGUACAUGUCAGCACAGCUUCACCGGGGCAUGGGUAAUUAGAGUGCAUGGAGAAUGAUGGAGGGAGACAGAGAGGGAGAGAGGAGAGAGAGACAGACGUCUCAACUCAGAGGCUCAUCCCCAUGAUGCGAACAGUACUCCAAAAUAACAUUUCUCCAACUGCUUACACACACACAUUCUAUUUUUCCUAUCCCUUUCUCCUUUCCUCCACCAGUAAACACCAACAUUUAACUAACUAGGCGUAAUAGCUACAUGAAUGUGAGGAGUUGAGUAGAACUCACAUACUUUUAAACUCAUAACUCUGCUGUGUACAGUCAUUCAACCCUGCAUCUCCUGACCCUUAAUCCCUGACCCCUCACCCUGCUGACUCUGUUGCUCCCACAACCCCUUAGCUCUACUGCUGUAUAUGUAACUCUAAGCACACUGAGCAAGACUGGGGGUCUGUCAGCCAGGCCAUGGUCUUUGAUAACAAAGCUGGGAGAGGACCUUAGACCAAGAGGCAACAAAGUGAUCAGUUGUUGCUGGGUUUUAGUUUUUCUUAUUUUUAUUUUUUUUUUACAGGGAAAAACACAUAAAAGUCGAGGGAAAGUCUAUAGAGAACGUCCCCGGCUGUAAUGCUCUAAUAUGGCCAGUAGAGGGGGCCGACGGGUUAAUAUGAUUAAUCCCACUGAACAGAACUGUAGAGCUGUGAGUGUGAACCCACAGUGCACUGUAUCCUCUAUGGGAAACCGUUAGAGACCAUGUUGUGUCUAUGCUUGUGUUUUUUUAUUUGGUUUCUAUUUCAUUAAUACUUGAGGAUUAUGGAAGUUGAGGGGAGAAUGUGAGAGAACACAGUGGUAGAGUCAGACUGUGUUAGCCUACUGAGAGAGACAGUGUGUGGUGGGGAAAUGAUCAGCUGCACAAUAUACUGUAACAUAGACUGGACUGGGGUUGUGGUCAGUGGGAGCUAGAGAAGACUUAACACAAGCUGUGUUCUUGGACUAGAAGAGGAAACCUGGGAGAGAGACUCAAAGCAUCCAAGUCAUCAUCACAACCUUAAACAAAGGGGAAAGGUUGUGAGAUGUAACUGGCCAACUGGGACAGUGGACAGACUUAUUUCAUCGAUGGGAGCAAUCGGAGUCUGUCCUAUGAAGAGUCGCUGUGCCAUUAUAUUCUAGUGAAAUAUUUUAUACUUAUUCAUGUGAUGUCGCAGAGGAAACUACUACAACUACAACAAAACAGAACUUCAACCAGUAGACAGAAGCUAUUUAUUUUUUUCUGUUCUUUUCCUCGACUAUUUUAUAGGUUUACACACGAGAGGGCGCCAUGGUGACACACAAUCACCAUAACAACGUACCUGUCAUUCUCUGAACAUUCGGAAUGUGGAGGAAUACAUUGUUGCGUGACAUAGAGACACGUCAAAAAAGAGGCGCAAAACUGUACAUUUUUAAGUGUAAGAACAAACAAACAGGCAGAAAUAUUUGUAAAUAUAACGUUUCUUGUUUGUUUUUUCGAGUGAAUGAAAUGACUUUGUGACAACACCAGAGACAACAGGUGCAAGUUGACAAGGGGCCACCAGCUAGUAUUGUACCUUCACUGUACACCAUUUGAAUAUAUUCAGAUUCUAGUUCUAUUAGCCCCGUGUUGUCAGUGCAGGAUGUAACCAAGUUGUGCAGAAGUGGGUAGACAAUGGACAUUCAGAACAAAGUCAUAGAGUUGUCUAUGUAGCAUCUUGACUGCUAAAACCUGUGAAAGCACUAAGCAAACACUGUAGCAGGGAUACUGACGCAUUCUUACCCUGUGCUGUUGUUUAUAUGGUCUCUCUCCCACAUUCAAAUGGGACAAUGAUAACUGCAGGCCUUUGUUAGCUGUCUACCACACCAGCAUAUCUGUACGAUGAUGCAGGAUACCUUAAAGACAGAAUCUGUCGUUCCCACUUCCCCCUAUGGCAACUACAAUGCAGGGACACUUUUACCGGAAAUUAAAGUUACAGAGUGCACCUUUAAAAACAACCUUGUGACUUCUGGAGUCCGGAUAUUCACUCCCUGUUGACUUCCGUAUUGUAGUGUAGCCCCAAAAUCACAGGGGGAUAGAGAAACGAGGGCUUUACGUAACCUAAGAUGCCUCUGAUCUAGCCUAGUCCCAGAUCUGGUUUUGCCCUCUUACCAACUAAUACAGUCAUUGUCACGACUAGGAGUUGACUAGACAGAACAAACAGAUCUGGGAGCAGGCUACCUCUUAUCCUCAUGGGAAAUCACAUACUGCGGGUGGGUCACAUGUGCCCCUGUAUACACUGCGUUACGUACAAUGUGUGUAGGUGUCCUGUUCAUGUAGGUUGUGCUACAUGACCUCAUCAUAAGCUAUUGGUACAGCUACACUUGCCUUCCAGGUGGAGAGGUGUGGUGGGAAUGAGUUGCUUUAGCCACUGCACGCCUAGUGGCCAGACGGUUGUGAGUGUAUAAGUGAGAGCAUGUGUUAGGAUAGCUAAUGUGUUGUGUAUGCGUUAGGUGUGUACUCCAUUUUGUUGUAGCCUUGGUUUGGACUGACACAGAGGGAGCAGAUAUCUAGUGUUAGUUUAAGAUGACUUUCAAACAAUUGAACCGACCCCCCCCCCAAAAAAAAAUCCAUAUUGGAUUUUAAUGUAUUAUUCCUCGCACUCAGACCACGAUGAGAGUCAUUAUUUUUGGUCCUAAACCAAUUUGGUUGACGGUGUGUUGAUUUUCAAUGAUAAAUCAGUUGUUAAAUGAUUAUAAAGCAGUUAUCAUAGUUUUAUAGAUUUGCCGGAAAGGGGCAGUACGUAACAAUGUUUCAUGUAGGUGAACUUCCUGCCUCGCUUGUGACUACGUGUCAUGGUUGACCUUCAAAACAAAGAAAGGUUUGUAUAUGUUCUGGUCGAUGUGAGUCCAGGUACACUGAAGCACAUGACCAAUAACCCUGGGAAACAUUCAGAGUUGGGUGUCAGUUCGGCCUGCAUAGCAACAUUUGCACCUGUUGUCUUCUUUUACAUUUCUUUAUUGAAUUAAGAAACCCAAGACUUGAGAUGAAGAAAACAUGUUAAAAAUUCAUUUCAAAAAAGAGCAUUAUUAAACAGGUAAAAUCAAAGGAUAUAAACAAGGUGAUGAUAUUUCUGUUUAGUUAUGACACACUGUAUGCUGUGAUUCUGAUGCGAGGCGCAUAAAGACGUCCAUAGCCAGGC